GGGGAGAAAGGUAGCUCAGUCUGCAGAUGGUGCACUGGUUACUGCUGUGGUAGAUAUUUUUUUUGGAGGGAGAGGGGGAGAUUGGAGAGAGGGUUUCCCUGCAAGAAAUAGAUUUAAGAUUUUUUCUUUUUCUUGUGAAAGAGAGAGGCAGUGGGUAACAUUACCUUUUAUAUAGCAGAUCAGGUAUGCAUGCAUGCAUGUGCUGAAAUCCUAAUCUGUUAGGGAUAGUUUUUUUCCGAGGAUUAAGGAGGUUGCAGAUGCUCUGAAUUAAUGUACUGCUGUGGGCUUUGCUUUCACCAUGUCAAAGAGGAUUCAUGAUGUCAUCUCUUUCCAUUGUGUUCCUCACCUGUCGUCUUGGUAGGAUCUAGCUACAGAAUGAACAUAGCAGCGGUGUUUAAUGCCCUGCUAGUGUCUGCCCUUGCAGUUGUGCUGUGGAAAUACAUCAAGCUGCGAGAGCACGUCUUCGUGGUUGAAGAAGAGCUGGUCCUCACUCGCCAGUCCCAGGAACUCUCUCAAGUCCAGAUUGACUACCAUGCGGCUCUUCAGGCUCUGGUGGAGGAUGGUACCAGGAUGGUGUGCACAGGCAGGAUGCACACGGAUCGCAUCUGCCGCUUUGAGUCCCUCUGUUACUCCACUGAGGCAGAGGAAUUUGUCUUCUUUCACAGCAACGCGUCAGUUAUGCUUCCCAACCUUGGCUCCAGGAGAUUCCAGCCUGCCUUGCUUGAUCUCUCCUCGGUGGAGGACCACAACACCCAAUAUUUCAACUUUGUGGAACUGCCAGUUGCUGCAUUGAAAUUCAUGCCAAAGCCAGUCUUUGUGCCUGAUGUGGCGCUCAUCGCCAACCGAUUCAACCCGGACAACUUGAUGCACGUCUUCCAUGAUGACCUCCUCCCGAUCUUCUACACCAUGCAGCAGUUCCCGGACUUGGAUCUGGAGUCACGACUCUUCUUCAUGGAGGGGUGGAGUGAAGGCCUCCACUUCGAUCUCUACAAGUUACUGAGUAACAAACAGCCACUCCUCAGAGAGCAGCUUAAAACCUUGGGCAGGCUCCUUUGUUUUACCAAAUCUUAUGUAGGGCUGUCCAAAAUCACCACAUGGUACCAAUAUGGAUUUGUUCAGCCACAAGGACCAAAGGCGAACAUCUUGGUUUCUGGCAAUGAGAUCAGGCAUUUCUCCAAGUUCAUGAUGGAGAAGCUGAAUGUCAGCUUGGAAGAAAGUGCCAGUGAGGAGUAUAUUGUAGUAUUCAGUCGAACAAUCAACAGACUAAUCCUAAAUGAGGCAGAACUAAUCUUGGCGCUUGCCCAGGAGUUUCAGAUGAAAACCAUUACAGUCUCCAUAGAGGACCAUUCAUUUUCUCACAUUGUACGUCUGAUCAGCAAUGCAUCCAUGCUGGUCAGCAUGCACGGAGCCCAAUUAGUGAUGUCUCUCUUCCUUCCAAGAGGGGCCACUGUCGUGGAGCUCUUUCCUUAUGCGAUCAACCCCGAACACUAUACCCCAUACAAAACACUGUCAGUGCUCCCUGGCAUGGAUCUCCAGUACAUUGCCUGGCAGAACACUGAUCAGGAAAACACUGUAACCUUUCCUGACAGGCCAUGGGACCAGGGAGGAAUUGCUCACUUAGACAAGGCAGAGCAGGAACGCAUAAUAAAGAGCAAGGAGGUUCCACGCCACCUUUGCUGUCGGAACCCGGAAUGGCUUUUCCGUGUCUACCAGGAUACAAGAGUUGACAUCCUUUCCCUUAUCCAGGUGAUCAGGCAAACAGUGAAAUUAAAGCCUGGACCCAAGAAGCAGAAGUGGACUAGUGAUCUGUACCCUGGCAAGGUUAGGGAUGCUAAGUGUCAAGCCUCUGUCCAAGGUACUAGUGAAGCGAAGCUCUCUGUGUCUUGGCAGAUCCCCUGGAACCUUAAGUAUCUGAAGGUCAGGGAGGUGAAAUAUGAAGUGUGGAUACAGGAGCAAGGUGAAAACACUUACAUGCCUUAUAUUUUGUCACACCAGAAUCACACCUUUUCAGAAAACAUUAAGCCAUUCACGAUAUAUGUGGUGUGGAUCCGCUGCAUCUUCAACAAAAAUCUCCUUGGACCUUUCACAGAUGUGCUCUUGUGUAGUACAUAACCCACUCUUUCUCUCAUCUGUCGAGUCCUUCUGUGCACCCCACCCCAUCAGUGGUUUUAAAAACCUGUUAUCCUGUAGUUUUUUUUUUUAGAGGGCUGAAGAGGACCAGACCAUGCCAAUUCCUAAGUGCCCAUUUCAUUGUAUUUAAUGUGUGAAUUCUCUAGGUGGCAUUUAUUUCCAUUUGAUGUAAGAGCUCUCUGUUCCUGAAAGUAACCUCCAGAAAUGAAAUUACAAGCUGAAUACCUGUAAUUUGAAAAGCAGAAUGGAAGUGAAUCGUGUGUAAUUUGCUAGUGAUUUGAAUCUUUCUGUCGUGCAGUGAGUAUUUAAGUGCAGCAUUAAACUACAAUUAUAUGGCUAGGUGGACAAUUGUCAUCAUCUUUCCCCAUUAUAACUUAUUUUUAAAAGCUGUAUCUGUAACUCACGUACAGGAUUUGGUACAAGAGUAUUCAUUAAAUUAUUGUAAACCCCUUCAAGAGUUCUUUCCUCUUCGUAUCUGUCAAAAUGAUAGUUUUGUAAGAAUUAUCCAAGAUCAUGGUGAAAUGUAUGUGUGGGUAGCUCUUUCUCUCUUUUUCUCUCUUUUUCCUUCCCUCCAUAUUUUGACUGAGAGGAAUAAGACUGCAGCAUCAAUUCUGUUUAAAAAUCAGGUUUUACUCUACCCCAGUAGCAACACAAAAAACUGUUAAAAGGGAGAAGCAACAGACGGAAGAUGAAAAGGGAUACAGUGGGUAAAACAGCUGAGUGUGGGUGGGUAGUGCAAGCAGUAAUUAUUAUGUUUUAAGGUCUGUUUGCAUUUUGUAAGCUGUAGACUAGUUUACGGUUCUGUAGGUUGGGUGAGGAAUGGUGGAGGGAGGAUGGUGGGGACAGUUUACUCCAACUUAACAAUUUAUAUAAACCUUUUGUUUUCUGAAGUACAGUAUAACCCUGUUCACAACAGCCACCAAGGGACUAAUAAUUCUAUGGACACUUUAACAGGUGGUUGCUUAACUCUGAUUAAUAGGUGAGCUCUCUCUUAUGGGAUCAGAGAUUUUUAGUGACUGUUAGUAGACAAAACUACAGUUAACAGGUAAUCACUAGCAUAUGUCACUCUAUUAUACCGAAGAGAAAUUGUGUGCUAUGGGCUAAAUUCUGAUCUCGGUUACACCGAAGUCCAGAAGAACUCCACUGAAGUCAGUGGCAAGGGCAUCAGAACCUU